AUCACAAUCACCAUUGAAUGCAAAAUUUUCUUCUUCUCUCAUCUCUCUUUCUCUCUGUUGGUUGGCCUUAUUCUUCAACAAAGCGGUUUGAGGAUUUGGGGGGUUGGAGAAAUCAUAUAUGGAGAUUAACGCUAGCAACAGCAAUAUGGUAGCACCGUUCGUGAUGAAAACCUAUCAAAUGGUGAAUGAUCCGACGACGAAUGGGCUCAUCAUGUGGGGGAAGGCCAACAACAGUUUUAUUGUAGUGGAGCCGUUGGAUUUUUCGGAGAGGAUUUUGCCGGCCUACUUUAAGCACCAUAAUUUCUCCAGCUUUGUUCGUCAGCUCAAUACUUAUGGUUUCCGAAAGGUGGAUCCGGACAAGUGGGAGUUCGCCAACGAAUGGUUUCUACGGGGGCAAACACAGUUACUGAGCAACAUCGUGAGGAGGAAGCACGCCGGCAAAGCCUACACCGCUCAUCUCAAACACGAAGACGAUGAAGACGAGGAGCAGCUGAUAAUGGAGAUAGCAAAGUUAAAGCAAGAACAGAAGAGCUUAGAGCAAGAACUGGAGAGCAUGAACCGGAGGCUAGAGGCCACGGAGAGAAGACCCCAACAAAUGAUGACUUUCUUAUGCAAAGUUGUCGAAGACCCUGAAAUUCUGCCCCGAAUGAUGCUCGAGAAGGUUAAGAUGAGACGGCUAACUUCAAGCAGCGGUGAAAAGAAGAGAAAGAUUAUGAUAUCUACUGCCUCGUUGAAUUCUUUGUCAAGUUCAUCAAUCAAGAGUGAAGAGGAUCAAGAGCCCAUUUCGUCGUCGGAUGGAAACUUGGACGUUGAUAGUUAUUGCCAGUCUUCGCCAUCGGUGGAGAUAACAUCCCCGGAGUGGUUGUUGUAUCAGAGACAAAGUUCAACUGUGGCGCCUAUGCUCAGGCAAGAACAGUAUCGGAAUAGUUACCCCCAUCAUUCUAGUUCAUCACCGUUGCUAAGCUCCUCCGGCGAAUAUGGAGGUUUUGUGGCGUUUCCACCGCCGGUGAAUAGCAUCUCCGGGUAUUACAAUAACAUCAACGGUAGAGUUGAUACCAUUGUCCCCCCCCCCCCGCCGUAUCCAUUCUCACUAUUGGGGGGUGGUUUUUAG